AUGACGGAGGACAAAUCUCCAACCGAUGGAUCAAACAAUGACAUUAAGCCCAUCGAAGCAGAUCGGCGAAUCUGGACUUUCUGGACUUUCCAUAACUUUUGCGUUCUGGCCAGCUCAAACAUCUCAGUCUACAUGAUAGGAAGUUCGUUGAUUGCCAUGGGAUUAACCUGGCGUCAGUCGCUGGCUGCGAUCGUUGUUGGCAAUAUAAUUGCAGUCGGACUACUUGUGAUAAACUCGUUACCGGGAAUGUUCUACCAUAUCGGGUUUCCUUUGGUCAAUAGGUAUGUCUGGGGCCUUUACGGCAGUCUGUUUGUUCAGUGGAAUCGGAUAUUACACUCUAUCGUCUGGUUCUGGCCAUCUCUCGAAAGUCGGAUACCGAUUCAUAUGCCCGAGUCGACAGGAAUGACCACGGCGCACUUUGUGGCUUACAUUAUCUUCAUGAUACUCUCCUUGCCGGUGUUACAUAUCCGUCCCACAAAACUGCAGAUAUUCUUCUAUAUCUCGUCCGCCACAAUCGUGGCUCCGGAUGGAAGAUUGCUUUCUGGUAUCAUGAGUAGUACUAUGGGAGGUGCAGCUGCUGGGAUCUUGAACCAGAAUGAUUAUACAAGGUUUGCGCGAACACCUCGCGAGGCAAUCCUCGGACAACUAGUCAGCUUUCCCUGUUAUAGCAUCCUAUGUGCGACCGUGGGAAUCCUUGUCACGGCGGCCACGCAGAAUCGCUAUGGUAAACCGCUGUGGAGCUUGCCCGCCCUGCUCAGCGCUAUCAUGGAGGAUGGAAGGUUCACGCUCAAGAGUGGCCGCAUGGGAUUAAAUGGUUUGACAUGGGCGGCCACAUUACCGAAAUACAUAAACCUUCGUCGCGGCGCCUAUAUCACAGCCCUGGUGUCGGUCGCAUGCAAUCCAUGGAAACUGGUCAACACAGCCACCACGUUCUUAGCAGUUCUUAGUAGUUACUCCAUCUUUUCUAGGACCCAUGGUAUCUACUACUGGUACACAUACGGGGUCAAUUGGCGAGCCCCCGUUGCGUGGCUUUGUGAACUGGUUCCUUCACUCCCUGGGUUCGUGGCCCAUGUCGAUCCCGGCGUGGUAAUUCCCGUAGAGUUCACGCGGAUUUACUACGUUUACUUCCUAACGGGCACGGCAAUUAGUGCCGCAAGAUACACGGCAUUGCGCUACAUCUUUCCGACCCCUGAGGUGAGGACUUUUGUCCAGAAAGCGCCGUCGCUGGCAGUGUUGAUGCAGGAAUACCGAUCGCGAUGGGACCGGGAGGAGGACUCGGGGAAUGAGAUUAUCACUGAUUUUUUGAUGAACUGA